CGCUUUUGUUCCACUCAGCUUGCCAACAUCUAAAUCAGUGACACGGGCAUUCAGCAUGUUUGACAAAUAAGUUGAGAUACGAGGAACAUAUUCGCGCGUACCAAUAAACGAUGAGAGGAAGUUCAGGAUGCAGUAAAAAUAAAUUCUUGCGUUUAGCCCAGGUUUCACAUAACACCAGUUUCAUAAGGCACUUACGCCGCUGAAGGAGCAGUGCCCCUGAAAAUAGCACACUGGGGACACAUCAUUUAAAUAAAUGUGUUUCUUUGCCCGAACAGAAGUUCAGAUCUGCUCAAUUAUCAUUAAUUUAGUUGUUUGAUUUCUUUUUCAGGCGCGAAUGGAGAAGUCGUGCUGUUUGAGGCUUUGCGAGCUGCCCUCGGCUGUUGGAGGUGACAAGUGAUUCUUCACCCGGCGACGCGCAGAACAGGUGUCCCAGGGACAAGUCCGGAUCUGUGCAACAGGCGACAGAAGAUUCGACAAACUUCAGUCACCGCGAUCGUUUUUAUUAUACAUCCACAACAAGCAAAACCCGCGUCUCCACCCGCGUGCCAACACGCGUGAAUAGACGCAGAAACCCAGCAGCCCUCCCCUCAUUCUGCAGAGCUUUCUGGGCUGUGACGCCUUGCAGGCAAAGCUGUCAGCAACUGGGAGGCCGUUUGUACUUGGCCGCUGCCACGCUGACUCCUGCUUCCCUGACAGACAGGGGCGGGGGCUGAGGGGCCACUUCUCCCUCGACUCGCACGUGGGGAUCUUAAAUUCUUCCUUUGGGCUCGGCUUGGUACCCGGCGACAGCCACAAGUCGGUACACUGUGCGGCCCUGGAUUUGCCAACCCCUGGAGCGAUGGCUCCCGUGAGGAGUGGGGAGAAAGGUGGCAGAGGGUUCGACGCGCCCCUCGCGCAAGGAGCAUUAUGAGCCGGGCAAAGGGCAGCAGCAGCAGCCCCAGCAGCAGCCUUAGCCUGUGCCUCCUACGGGCCCUCGCCCAGUCGCCCCAGGGCACCAUGCUGACCCCGGGUCUGCAGAGCCCGCGGCGCAGCUCCUGCUGCCUCCCCGGCCCCUGCUAACCAGCGCGGGAGUGGCCUCCGCUGCCGGGGCAGCAGCCCGGGCCGCGCCCCAGGUAAGGUGGAACCGCGGUGCGCCCAGAGCCUCAGCUUAGCUCUUAGCUCUUCAGCUGCGUCCUCCUCCCGCAGCCCAGGGCGCCUGCGGCGAUGGGGGCGCUGCUGGCGCUCUGCCUCCUUCUGUGCUGGAUGCGCUGGGGCCCGGCGGGAGCCCAGCAGCCGGGAGAGUACUGCCACGGUUGGGUGGACUUGCAGGGCAACUACCACGAGGGCUUUCAGUGUCCGGAGGACUUCGACACCCUGGACGCCACCAUCUGCUGCGGCUCUUGCGCGCUGCGCUACUGCUGCGCCGCGGCCGACGCCAGGCUGGAGCAGGGCGGCUGCACCAACGACCGCGGUGAGCUGGAGCACCCGGGCAUCACGGCGCAGCCUGUCUACGUUCCCUUCCUGAUUGUCGGCUCCAUCUUCAUUGCCUUCAUCAUCCUGGGCUCUUUAGUGGCUAUUUAUUGCUGCACCUGCUUGAGACCCAAGGAGCCCUCGCAGCAGCCAAUCCGCUUCUCGCUCCGCAGCUAUCAGAGAGAGACCCUGCCCAUGAUCUUGACCUCCACGAACCUCAGAGCACCUUCCAGGCAGUCCAGCACGGCCACCAGCUCCAGCUCCACAGGGGGCUCCAUCCGCAGGUUCUCUUUUGCCAGGGCAGAGCCAGGCUGCCUGGUGCCCUCACCGCCCCCGCCCUAUACCACAGGCCACCCAAUCCACCUGACUCAGCCAUCUGGUUUCCUUGUGUCACCCCAGUACUUUGCUUACCCGCUCCAGCAGGAGCCUCCCCUACCUGGGAAGACCUGUCCAGACUUCAGUUCCAGUUGAUAGGCCACGGCCAUAAAUCCAGCAUGUAGUAUAAUGGCAAAAGGUAGAGUGCUCCUGCCAUUGCCACAAAUAUUUCUGAGGAAAUUUCCCUUGAACCUAGUAACGUCAUGGAGGAAAGUAUUAGGAAAACAUAUCUUCUAGUCUUAAGGUUCCUGGCUGCAAUCACAGAAUGGCUAUGUUAGAUAGUUGUUUUGUGGCUUUGAAAACAUGGUGAGCAUUACGUUUCAAUUUAUGCUACUUUCAUAUAUACAACUGUUCAACUUUAAAGUUGCAAACUGGCUGAAGAUGUUUUAUUGGACAAUUUGGCUGUACUGUUUAGAAAGUCUACUUUUUUUUUUUCAUUUUAAUUUGUUUAGUGAGUUAUAAUACAAAUAUAUACAUAAAUAAGCAAAGAAAAGUACCUGAUUGUAAUUAUUGAAGGUUCGCUUAAAAAAAUUAACUACUAAGGAAACUGAGGGGAUAGUGAAAACCUAUUUAUGACUUUGGGAGCAACCUAACCAUGAAUAAUAUCAGCAUCAUCAGAAGUUACCUUUUAAGUUAAUAACUAAAUUUUGUUUAAAAUAUAAGAGAUUUUUUAGAAUACAAGAUUUCAAUAACCACGAAUUUAAAGUUUUAAAUAUUUACUCAGAUGUUCAUUGUAACAUGGAUUGUAUGUAAAAGCAUUUCCCCACCCAUCGGAGGGAAUAUUUAUUGCAGACUUUUUGUUCAGCAAUAUUUCGUGCUUAAAUGAAUGCUGCUCAGCUGGGUCUUAAAACAUUUACAUGUAAAAUGAGUUGUGUAUAAAUGUAAAGAUUGUAAUUUAAUGGAUUUACCACAUUGACGGUACUAAUUAUUUAGUAGUCACACUGUAAGUUUUUAUGUUAAUAAUUGUGAAAUUCAAAGUCCAGCUAUUGGUUAUAAUCUUCUAAUACUGCAUAUCUCAAGUGUCACUGAAUUCCAUGUCUGAUGACUACAUAUUUGGGCAUAUAUCCUGCUGGGUUAGAAUAAAUAAAAUACUUUGUUUUUGUGAAAUCUAUUCAAAAUUUUACAUCACAGGACUUCAUUUUAUCUUCUUAAUAAUGCUCUGUUAUCCAAUAAAAGGAAAUUACUUAUCA